AUGUACAUGCGCCAUGCACUUCUGGUUCUAGCCCUGGUGGCAGUGUGCAGCGCAUCCUCCAUUCCCCAUAAAACCGUUCAUCCCAAGGAUCUACCAAUCCAGCAUCGGAGCAUUCAGGGACGUAUUACCAAUGGUAAUGAGGCGACUGAGGGACAGGUGCCCUACAUUGUUGGAGUCAGCUUAAACGCCAAUGGCAACUGGUGGUGGUGUGGUGGGUCAAUUAUUGGCCACACUUGGAUCUUGACUGCUGCCCAUUGUACUGUCGAAGCCAAUGAAGCAAUUCUGUACUACGGAGCCACCAACUACAACCAGCCUUCCUUGAGGCAUACUGUCGGCAAAGAGAACUUCAUCACGUAUCCCGAAUACCGUGGAGGCGAUCAUGACAUCUCCCUCAUCAGAACGCCUCAUGUGGACUUCUACAGUCUGAUUAACAAGAUCGAGCUGCCUAGUCUGGAGGACCGGUACAACUCUUUUCAGGACUCCUGGGCCCAAGCCGCAGGUUGGGGCGCCAUUUACGAUGGAAGCAAUGUGGUUGAGGAUCUGCGUGUUGUGGAUCUGAGGGUGAUUUCUGUUUCCGAGUGCCAGGCUUACUAUGGAACCAUAACCGCCACGGACAAUGUCAUCUGCGUGGCCGCUCCUGAUGGCAAGUCUACUUGCCAAGGCGAUUCUGGUGGUCCUCUGGUCUCCCAAGAUGGCAACAAGCUUAUUGGAGUGACUUCAUUUGGAUCCAUCUAUGGCUGCCAAGUUGGAGCUCCAGCCGGUUUCACCCGUGUCACUAACUACUUGGAGUGGAUUAAGCAAGAAACCGAUAUUUCUUAUUAAAAUAUUUAAAAAAUGGUUAACCAAAAAUUAAAUAAAAA